GGCCAAGUCAAGAGGGAGCUCAGUCACUAUCUCCCCACCGAGCCAGCUCAGCCAGGCAGGGCCGGGAGGGAGUGGGACAGAUUCUGGGAGUGCAGCGGGGAGGAGUCCAGCUGGGCUGAGCAGGGAACUGCUUGGCAGUGCCAGAGCCCGGGUCCCAGAGCCCUGCUGGAGAGGAGGUGGACCAAGGAGGCAGGCCCUGGGAGGAGGUGAGGUGAGAUGGCGGACUGCUACACGGAGCUGGAGAAGGCGGUGGUCGUCCUGGUGGAGAACUUCUACAAAUAUGUGUCCAAGCACAGUCUGGUCAAGAACAAGAUCAGCAAGAGCAGCUUCCGCAAGAUGCUCCAGAAGGAGCUGAACCACAUGCUGACGGACACGGGGAACCGAAAGGCCGCCGACAAGCUCAUACAGAACCUGGACGCGAACCAUGAUGGCCGCAUCAGCUUCGACGAGUACUGGACCUUGAUAGGCGGCAUCACCAGCCCCAUCGCCAAUCUCGUCCGCCAACAGGAGCAGCAGGGCAGCUAGAGGACCCCUCCCACCAGCCACCAGCCACCACCCACCACCCUGAGGUCCUUCCUGGGGCCCCUCCUCCGCCCCCUCUGCCCACCAGGGCCCUGUCCUCCCUUCUGACCCUUGCUGAACAGAGGCUCUCCUGUGAGUCUCAGUCUGGAGUGCCUCCCUGAGGGCCUCUCUGCGAGAUCUCAAUGCUGUUGGAGACCCCAAGAGUCUCCUCCCUCGUUCAGUCCAGUUGUCCAUCCAAGAUCUGAAAUUCCUGCCUGAUCCUGGUCCGUCCUGACCUCAGAGGUCAGCUUGCUGCUUGAGGGCGUCCUGCUUCCGAGGGCAGCGUGAACAGAGAGUCCUCCCCUUUCCUCAGCACCUCUGCUGGGGAGAGAGGAAAGUCCUGGGCUUCCCCUCCAGCUGCCUGAGUCUGGGAAAGAGCCUAGCAGGGCUGAGCCUCCGCCCUCUGCCGAGCCACUGAAGUAAUGGUACCAAGGCUAGAUUUGGAGUUUGUAUCUCCCUCACUCAGUCCCUUUGUGGUGAUGCUCAUUAAAAUCUUACACUCCAUGGAAA